UUGUGUAGCGUGGAGCCCGAGCCAGGAUUCACCAAAAGAAUGUUGUAUUAUUUCAUCGCAAGAGAAAUUGAGAAAGCAUGCCCAACACCAGUAGACGUGAUGUGGAGAAUCGGAAACGAGGUAUUCUGUACCCUUCUGUGCGGUAUUACCUCACUGAUGCUGGUUUACACGUACGUGUAUGCGCCGUCGAUUGGAAUCCGCGCCAAGAAGAGAUGGAUAGCCAUUGUUUCCAUGUUCCAAGCAUGGAGAACUCGCCGUUCCCUCUGCCGUUUCUGCGGAACUUCUCCAUGUCAGGCCAAGCGAACAUCCUGGAAGCGCUUCAGACCCCGUAUCAAGAAUGUGGCCAGUUUCGAGGAGCGAUCCAAUGCCAUGAGGUUGUUCAGCCUCGGACUGGAGCUGUCCGUCGACCUGACAAAAGAACUUCCUCGGGAUGAGCUGUACUGGGCUAGGAAAUACUGCGAUCAAUUCGAGGAGGACCACAUGGUUCUAUUCCCGCUGUGCAUCCAGCGUCAAAUCAAUGACUGGUACCCAGUGCCUUACUAGAUUCUUGCAGUCUUUGGCGAUGAGAAGAAUGUCGAUGAUGGAACAGAAGUGGUGGUGGUGACGUCAUCGAUUUAUGUGAUACCGCCCUUUUGGUCGCAACCCGCGUUUUUUGUUUUUUUGUUUUUGUUUUUGUUUUCAUUUCUGAUCAAUGAGAAAUAGUUGAUGCCUUUCUGGACCUAGUGAUAUUCAUAUUGCUUUCGUAAUUUUGGUCAGUUUUACCUUGUAAAAUUAGUACUUUGCAGAGAGGAACAUUGUAUGAAGAUAGCCAGCCGAUUAAAACUAUUCUAUAUUGGUCAGAUACGUAUUAUAUAUAUAUGUGUGUUGUAACAUCUGUAUGGAACCCAUUCACACGUAAUAUAAUAAAAUGUCUAAACCUAA